AUGUAUAUGCUCCUUAACUCUUAUAAAGAAUGUAAAUCAAGCCUGAAAACUCUUUUCUUUGCAGUGAAACAUUCCCUCAAAUAUUUCCUCACGGCCACCUCUGGAAUCCCAGACUUUCCGGAGUUAGUGGGUGCUGCAACGGUGAAUGAAAUUCAGGUGGGCUAUUGUGACAGCAAGAUCAAGACAGCUGAACCCAAACUGGACUGGAUGAAAAAGCUGAUCAAAGACGACCCCCAACACCUCGAGUGGUAUUCUCUAAAGUGUCUGCAAAAACUGCAGGUCUUCAAAGACAAUAUCGAUAGCUUGAAGCAACGUCUAAACCACACUAAAGGUCCCCACAUCUUACAGAGAAUGAACGGCUGUGAGUGGGACGAGGAGACUGGAGAAAUUCAAGGUUUUAAUCAGUAUGGUUAUAAUGGUGAAGACUUCAUAGCAUUGGACCUGCAGACACUGACAUGGACGGCUCCCAAACCCCAGGCCGUGAUCACAAAACUGAGAUGGGACACUGAGAAGGCCAGAUUAGAGUACAAUAAAAACUACUACACCUACAUGUGUCCCAAAUGGCUCAAGAAAUAUGUGGAAUACGGGAGGAAAUUUCUGCAGAGAACAGAGCUUCCCUCGGUGUCUCUCCUCCAGAACAAUCCUUCUUCUCCAGUCUGCUGCCACGCUACGGGUUUCUACCCAGAGACUGCUGAGCUGUUUUGGAGCAGAGAUGGAGAGGAGAUUCAUGAAGGCGUGGAGAAGGGAGAGAUCCUCCCCAACGGGGACGGGACCUUCCAGAUGCGUGUUGUAAUGAACAUGUCUUCUGUCAAACAUGAUGACUGGAGGAGAUACCACUGUGUGUUUCAGCUCUCCAGCAUCAAAGACGACAUUGUAACGGGAUUAGAUAAAGCCGUGAUCCGGACAAACUGGGGUAAGACUUGGUCAAAUAAUGUGCCAAAUAAUGUUUUUUUUGUUGCACUGUUUAGUUGA